AUGUCUUCCGACUCUCUGGCCAUCUUCCGCAGGACUGGGCACGAAGACCUCCAGAAGCUUGCCGAAGAGCACUUCAAACACGAUCUCGAGGACAAAGACCGCGAGACCCUCUACAAAGCCGCCGGCAAGCUCUCCCGCCAUGCCGCCAUCGGCUCAAUUGUAGGCCUCGGCCUCGGCCUCUACGCCGCCUACCGCCUGCGCAACGCCCGCCUCGCCUACUUCCAAGCCUUCCGCGCCGCCGAGAAGCCCAAGGCCGUGCAGUUCGCCGACGGCAGGACCGAGCCGAUCCCAGACCUGGAACCGCUGCUGCGGCCCAGCCGCUGGGGUGACAUUGCUACCUACACACUCUUCGGCAUCAGCGGGCUGUUCCUCGGCGGUGAGACGGGCCUGUUGACGGGCAGCGCUAGUGCUAGAAGGACGGUGAGAAAGGAUCCGGAGAGCAAGGCGAGGAUCGAGAAGGCCUUUAGGAAGUUUAGGGCGGAGGUGCUGCGGAAGCAGGCGGAUGCUUUGGAGGGGACGAGCAGCCUUAAGGAGAAGAUCUUCGGAUGA